AUGUCGUUCGCCAUAAAGGCAACUCUUAACUCAGGCGCAGAGAUCCCCUACGAAAAUCAAGAGGAUGUCGCUAAAGGCUUAGAAAAAGCAUUCCGAGAAGUGCCAGGCUUAAAGCGAGAGGAUAUCUUCAUCGCAUUAGGAAAUAACACUGUUGGAAAGCCACUUUUGAUUGAACACGCUACUAUCAUCAAGAUCGCUGAGGAAGUUGGCGGUUCCCCGGCACAGGUCCUCCUCGCUUGGGCCCAAUUCGGAGGGCAUUCCGUCAUCCCCAAGUCUGUGACGCCGUCGCGUAUUCAUGCCAAUUUUAAAGAGGUUAAGCUCUCAAGCGAACACGUCGCAGCUAUUAAUAAGAUUGGCGAGGCACCGCAUCGAUACAAUAUCCCAGUGAACUUUAAUCCCAAAUGGGAUAUCGCUAUCUGGAAUGAGGAGGAUGAGCAAAAUGCCACCUACCAGGUUAUUGAAAGAAUAUCGUAA